AUGGACUCAGAUGAUAUACCUAGUCUAUUACAGAACAUCCGUACGACCGGUUCAACAAACGUCCGUUUGCGACGACUGAGGUAUCGCGACCAUGUGGUUUCAAGCCAAACAACCUUGACCGACGAAGGUCUUGAGACCGAGCUGCGAGCCAUCGAAGAUACAAUAACCAGCCCAUCAGUGGAUCAAAUAAGCGAUGGUGGAGGAGAGUUUGUUCUCCUCUCGACGUCCGGCGAUCCUGCCCAUAGAAAUUUCAGGGAAACCCCCAUGGAAAUCUCACAAGCGUCUUUGGCGAGGCUCAUCGAAGCAUGCCGGUUGCCGCCGCACAUUCUCGGCGCUGACAGGUUCCCGGGAUUCCACAUGUCGCAUCAUACGCAAUAUCGAGACGACGAUAGCGAUAUUCCUGAGGCGCUGGUCUUGCUCCUCCGGAAUCCACAACACAGCAAUUCUAUCAACAUCUCGAUGCGCAUCAGACUCUCCGAUCGUUCGACUGUCUGUUUCUUGUCUGCUCUAACCGAGACCACGGGCCGGACGAUCGAGAGCCAAUUAUCCAAGCGAGGCAGACUGAUCUCGAUCGAUCCGCUAUACUUUCUCGUCUUGGCUUUUGAGGUCCGCUCGCGCGAGAACAACGAGAUCUUUCAGAAAACUCUUCUUAAAGUAUAUGAAGUGGAGAGUGCGACAGAAAUGACCGCGCCAUCCUGGAAAUUACAAGUUCCCCACACGACACUGCAGUGGCUCGCAGAUUAUGACAAUCUGCUGAAGAGGCUUCACGAGGCUCACUCGGAGAUGUGCCACUUCGAGCACAUUGGCACAUUUUAUAUCAAAUGGGCGCUAUACUUACUGAAGUCGGUAGAUCUUUUGGAACAGCUUCGAGCUGAGGCCGGGCUCGCGCUCAUGGCCAAGAGGCACGAUGUGGCUCUGCGGGAGAGAAUACAAUUCACCCUCGCCAGGUCCGAAUAUAUUGCCGCUAAGACCAAGGAAAUGCUUGCAAGAAUUCGAGGACAAAUCAACGUGGCCUUCAGUCUGGUAACGCAGAAGGACAGCAAACUUACCUUGGCGGUGACAGAAUACUCCAACCAUCUCGCGAUGUUGGCAGCCCGGGAUAGCGAGACCAUGAAGACCAUUACGGUUCUCACGUUGCUCUUUCUGCCAUCGAGUUUAAUCACUUCGAUCUGGUCAGCAGGUCUAUUUGAGCUCGAAUCCUCGAGUAGUUGGAAGAUCUACAUUGCCGUCACUAUUUCACUAACGGUCGUUGUGUUCAUUGCCUGGUUCUUGUACCUCAAGUAUGCUGGCUCGCGCCACCGUGGUGCGAAGUCUCUCUCCUUUGCAGCAGCUGGCUUCACAUAG